AUGCCUACCGUUGCCGAGCCCCAACAGCAAGCUCCCAUGACUGACGUCACGGAUGACAUUGUUUCCGCCCAGCCUACUGCUGAGCCUCAGCCCGAGAUGAGCCUGCGAGGUGGUGAGGAAGCUGGAUGUGAGAUCUGCUGUGGCCUCUGCGCCUGUGAGGAAGGUUGCUGCUAA